CGGGCAGAGUGUCGGUGUAGUUUGGUUGCGGCGACACCGGCUUACAUAGGGCGGAGUACGGCGUGUCCUUGGGCUCAGACGCCGGACGGUGCGGUAGUUACCGGGAUUGUGGUCACCGCUGUGGGCGCAGCGUCAGUGGGGCGGCCGGGCAGGCAGUACUGAAAAUGGGAGAUAUUGAGAAAGGCAAGAAGAUCUUUGUCCAGAAAUGUUCCCAGUGCCAUACAGUUGAAAAGGGAGGCAAGCACAAGACUGGACCCAACCUGAAUGGCCUAUUUGGACGCAAAACUGGACAAGCUGAGGGCUUCUCUUACACGGAUGCUAAUAAGAAUAAAGGUAUCACCUGGGGUGAGGAUACUCUGAUGGAAUAUUUGGAAAAUCCAAAGAAGUAUAUCCCAGGAACAAAGAUGAUUUUUGCGGGUAUUAAGAAGAAGUCUGAGAGAGCAGAUUUAAUAGCAUACCUCAAAGAUGCCACUUCAAAGUAAAAGUUAUCUGCUGCCUUAUUUAUUUCACAAAGGAGAUGGCAAUGGAAAUGUCAGUGAUGAGAUUGGUUUUUAAACUUUCUAUUUUUACAUGUUCUGUGUCUAACCUUAAAAUCUGUCUUACCCAUCAGAUAACACUGCUUACGGUGGGUCACUGGAGUACACGCUUGUUUGGCAGCCAUUAAUUUAAUGGAAACUAUGUAAUUGGGUUGAUUUAAAUGACUAUAAUGUUCAGUCAUUCUUGAUCAAAGAAUUAAAAAAAAUAAAUAAACAUUUCCUGCCUCUUCAUUGUUUAAAGAAUUAUAUAAAUAAUCAAAUUAGUAAUUGUCAACAGCAUAAUAGCUUUGACAGCCCAACUCUUUCACAUUAAAAAGCAGGGUGGUUUUUGGCAUCUUCCACCAUACGUCUUCUGUUACAUUAUUUUAAAGAUUUUUUUUUAAAACCCAAAACAACAAAGAUUUUAAAAAAUAAAAACCCAAAGUCCCAAGAUAUUUUUCUAAGUUUAAUCACUGCUAGGUGUUGUGGUAUGUAUUAAUCUGUCUAAAGCUUGCAAGAAGAAUGCAUUUCAUCUGACUUAAGUACUAUUUGUGAAAUGGCAGUUGUGCCCAGCCACUUCUUUCUUUUAUCUAGGGGAAGUGUUAUAAUUUGUCCAGAUGUUGACAGCUGCAUGCACCAGUAGAGUAUAACUUCCCUUCAGAAACAUCUUCAAUUUUGAAAUGUUAUUGAAACCCUUUGUUCAGUAAAUCUUCCAAAACCAGCCAUUCUUAGCAUAAUGAAUAGAACAGAAAAACAUCCUGUUCUGGAAAUACAAGUGCUAAAGAUCAAGCUGACAGUUAUUAAAUCUUCUUAAUUCAGCAGAAGCAUUCACCUAAAACUUACUGUUACAGGCAAUUUCAGACGAAGGGGUACGGGAAUGAAUGCGCUGGUAGACUAAAAGGCAAUAGUCUUCCUCUGUGCCUGGCUGUAGCUGAUGUCAUUACUUUUGAAGGUUUUGUUUCACACAGUGUAAAGCGGUAUUUUUAAUGUUUUAACUACAUUUUUUCAUACUAAGUGAAUUGUUCAGAUGAAUGUAUUUACUGUAUAUCAACAGUAAGGCAUAACUCAGAGCAAUUAAUACUGUAAAUUAAAAAAAUUAAAAGUC